GGUAGUUGACAGCAGUUCCUUAAUGGCGAUCGCCGAUUACGGCUGAUAAGUCGUUUGUCCGGUGAUUGUCAUUAUUUAUAUUUUAAAAUAUUAGGUGUAGGUUUUGUGUUUACGUAAACAUGACGGGGAUUUUACCUUCGUAUCAGCGUUUUGUAAAUGGAGUACCCGUCCCGUCCAUAUCUCGUCGCUCGUUCCGUCUCCGAGAAAAAUAUUUGAUUGUUUCUGUACUUUUGACAUUCGGAAUCGUAUGGUUAGGGGCACUUUUCUAUUUGCCAGAGUUCAGAAGUUCUAACAGUGUGAACGAUAGUGUUUACAAUGUGUACAAACGUAUUCAGAAAGCGGGGCCAGAGUUGCUCAUGCCGCCGCCCCUCGCACAGAACGAAGUGGGAGAUUUCCCCGUGGUGGGUAUCGUGCGUCACGGAGAAAACGGAGACGACCCUCACAUAGUGCAGGACAGAAACCGUCUCAAGGCUAAGAUUGAUGAGGAUAUGGGUAUGAAAGUGUUAGAACGGCCUCAGUUUGAUCUGGCUCCGUCGGUGUCGUCUUCGCGGGGGCCAAGCAAGGCUCCAGUGAACGCACUUGAAGAACCUGCAGUAGCCAACAAUGCAGCAGGCAAAGACGCCUCACCAUCCGGCCUUAAGGAGGAAGGGUCUGACAAGUACGCGGUGGUCGUCAUGGGGCCGGGAGCUGAUGAAGAUCAGAAACAUAAGCUGGAGACUGUCAAACAGAUGAUGCGGCACGCGUGGAAUAAUUACAAGCUGUACGCGUGGGGCAAGAACGAGUUGAAGCCGAUAUCGAAGCGCGCGCACCUGUCUAGCAUAUUCGGCGCGGGCGACCUCGGCGCCACCAUCGUGGACGGACUGGACACGCUGUACCUGAUGGGGCUUAACGACGAGUUCCGCGAGGGCCGCGACUGGGUGGCGGAGCACUUGCACAUUACUGAUGUCGACACAGAGCUGUCUGUGUUCGAGACGACGAUCCGUUUCGUGGGCGGCCUGCUCGCGUGCUACGCGCUCACCGGCGACACGGUGUUCAAGGACAAGGCGGCGGAGGUGGCGGACGCGCUGCUGCCGGCCUUCGACACACCCACCGGCCUGCCCUACUCGCUCAUCAACCCCGCCACUAAGGCAAGUCGACAAUAUCACUGGGCGGGCCCUAACAGCAUCCUCUCUGAGCUGGGCACUCUUCACUUGGAGUUCACGUACCUCAGUGACGUCACUGGACGCGACGUGUACAGGAAGAAAGUAGAGAAGAUCCGCGAAGUGCUGUACAAUAUCGAGAAACCUGGUGACCUGUAUCCGAACUUCAUCAACCCACGCACCGGGCAGUGGGGACAGAGGCACAUCUCGCUGGGCGCGCUGGGCGACUCGUUCUACGAGUACCUGCUGAAGGCGUGGCUGCAGUCGGGGCGCGCGGACGAGCAGGCGCGCGCCAUGUUCGACGCCGCCAUGCAGGCCGCGCUCGACAAGAUGCUGCGCGUGUCGCCCGGCGGCCUCGCCUACCUCGCCGACCUCAAGUACGGACGCGUCGUCGAGGAGAAGAUGGACCACCUCUCCUGCUUCGCCGGCGGUAUGUUCGCGCUGGCGUCCACCACGCUGGACAACUCGCUCGCCGAGCGGUACAUGGACGUCGCGCACAAGCUCACCAACACCUGCCACGAGAGCUACGACAAGGCCGACACCAAGCUGGGGCCGGAAGCGUUCAGGUUCAGUGGCGCGGCGGAGGCGCGUGCGCAGAAGAGUAACGAGAAAGUGCAUCUCCUGCGGCCCGAGACCUUCGAGAGCUACUUCAUUAUGUGGCGCCUCACCAAGCAGCAGCGAUACCGCGACUGGGGCUGGGAGGCUGUACAGGCACUUGAGAAGCACUGUCGCGUGGACGGCGGAUACACGGGCCUUGUGAAUGUGUACCACAAGAAUCCGCAGGGCGAUGAUGUGCAGCAGAGCUUCUUCCUCGCCGAGACUCUUAAGUACCUGUACCUGCUGUUCGCGGACGACACGCUGCUGCCGCUGGACGAGUGGGUGUUCAACACGGAGGCGCACCCGCUGCCCAUCCGCGGCAACAACCCGCUCUACCGCGCCGCCGACAGCGCCGCCGACAACAACGCCAUCUAGACGCCGCGCGUGGUACUCUUAGCCUUGCCCCUGCCCUUGUACACUGCAAUCACUACACCCACUACCGACGGAACUCUAUCUCGAACUCGAUUCUAUUUUGAACGAACCGUGUACUUUUUAAUCAAACGAUUUGUUGUCAAUUGAUUUCGUUGCUAUACGGACUACAAAGGUAUAGAAAUGUCACGAAACGUAUCAAUUAUGAUUUUGUAUUAAUAAAAGAUACAAGAUUAAAGCAACAGUGACGAGUUUUGUAACUAAAUAUUUUCAAUUCUUUUCUGAUUAUAAUACUUUUUUUUUAUAUUUCACCAUCACAAACAAUCGGGACGUCUCAAGACGUCUAACAGACGCAAACAUAUUGGUAUGACGGAUUGUUGACGUGUCGUUUUAUACGAGUCUGACAACUGAUUGCAGACGAACAGAGUUAAUUUUAAAAUCACGAUCAUACAAAAUUUGCCAGCGAUACCACCGCUGGCUUCCACGGCUGUGUGCAGAAACACAUGUAUUCAAAAUGCCGUGCGAUUUUUGACUUCAAGUACGUCGUAUUAAUUGACAAGUGUCAUACUAGACAUUAUUAAUAUAACUCCGCCACAACUUUGUGUGAAUAGCCAAUACUAUAUUAUACAAUUACAGUAGAAAUAGGGCGGAGUGUUCAUUUUCUUAAUGAGUUAAACAGUGCUAUAUUUUUUGUUCUAUAUACAUUAUUGCAUAAAAUAAUGUAUUAUUUAAUUAUUGGAAUAUACUUAAAUACUAAUUAACCCCUGACCUCUUAUCGCCAUGUUCAAUAAACUAUCCCCAUCACUUUUUCGAUCUAUUUAAAAAUGGACCAAUCAGAACAAAGAUUUUUGACAUGCUCACAAAUGAGUCAAUUUGAUUGGUUCAUUCUCGGAAUCCAAUUGAAGAUUGAGAUUGGGAUCAUUUAUUGAACACGGCUGUAAACCAAACCGUUCCUUGUAAUACAUUGGCAAACAUAACUUUCGAGACGUAGCUUGUGAACACUAAUAUAAGAUUAUUUAUAUUUAAUUAUAUCGAACACUUUAGCGUGUCAUUAUACUGUCACCGAUUUUAUCUUAUUCUGUACAAUGGUUUUGUGAACACACAUUUAACAUAUUUUUCUAUAGUUUUUUUUAUUAAAAUUAUCAUUAAAAAACCUCACCAUAUCAAUGUCCUUAUGACGAUUCAGAGUAAUUAAAAUGUAUUUUUUUUAGUAAACACAUUUUAUCUUUACUUUUAUUACUUCCAUAUACUUGCGCUUUGCUUUAUAUCACAAUUAGGCGUUAAAUUGUAUUUCGACGACGAGAAUAGAUAAUCGAUUGUUUAACAAUCUUAGUUUAAUUCGGAAUUUUCGGUGGCGAGUGCCCAUUAAAUGUUCUUUAAAAUCUAUUCUCAGUAAGUAAGGACGAUAGAAAUUUAUAUACGUCCAUAGUAGAUAUUGAAUAUGCUUCGCGACCCCUUCGUGGUGUUCACCCCACAGUCAAACAACCAAAAAAAUUGGUCCAAAAGCCAACAAGUGGGCGUUAUUAAGUGCAAAAUAACAAUUAUUCAAAUAGUUUAAAAUAAAUUGCGUCGUUAGUCCAAUGUAAUUAAGAUGUCUAUGGUGUAUGGAAUAAUCACUGAAACGAGACAUCUCGAGUUCGAUUCUUCCAAGGGAACGUAAUUUGAACAUUCAUGUAUUAUGUUCCAGGUGUGAGUGUUGUAGGACCAAAAUCUCACGUCUCAAGAUCACGACACAGGGUAUCCUAGUGUGGGAUCAGAUUAUUUAAGUGACUGUUGGGUGUAUUUAUUUAUUAUUUAUCGGAAAAUUAACACAGGAAAAAUAAUUAUAUUAUCAUUCCCCUGUCUAUAGAUGGUCAACUUACUAGGCAUUUAUCAACCGGUUUAUGGUUAAAUUAUAUAGCAUUGAAAUCAGCGUAGACCAGGAUAGCAUAGCUAACAGGCGCAUCUAAAGGCCAAACUUUUACACAAGAAUGCAGUUUUGGACCCUAAGUUUAUUGAAUUAAAGUUGUUUAUAAAAAUCUGCGCUAACAUACGCAUGCAUUGUCAAUACUCUAUGGUAGUUGAGACGCAAUGGCGGCCUUAACCGACGCGAGGCUCUAGGCGGAACAAAGAAAGUUCCCCAGUUUUAACGAUUUCGUCGGCAAGAUCAUGAAAAAGGUCGUCCAAGGCACCGUGUGAGGCCCCAGCGAUGGUCCCGGUUGGCCUCCCCCUUAGGCCGCCUCUGUUGUGACGCCACGGUAUGCUCAAGUCAAUUAGCCGAUGUGAGAAAUAGUUGUAGCAGUAAUCGUGAACUGUAAAUACAACUUCGGUGACUGCUUUCGUUACUUCCAUUUUCAGUCAUACAAAUAUUUUGUCGGCUUCAAUAAUUAUUAUUUCAUACAACUACUUACCAUGAAAUAUCUACGAUAUAAAAUAAAAUAUAUACAGUAGCUUUCGUAUGUCGCAGUCAUAUGAAAAUAAUGUAAUCAUCAUAAUGUCUGUUUUAGUGUAUAUUACAUUUUCACACAUUAUAUAAAUAUGUAAUCGUAAUAAACGGCAUAAUUAUUCGAAAUUAUUACUGUAACCGCUAGCAUCAACUGUAAAAACAAUGUAAACAUAUGCUCAGAAAUAGAAACUAUUAUAAUAUGGGCAUUAUUAUUGUCGUUUUGCACAAACUAUAUAAAAAUCACUGCUCUUAGCACACUAACAUGUACUAUAACAUUUGCUUGUGUGAUGCGUACUUACAAUUGGAGAAAAAGAAAAAAAAACAAAUACAGUAUCAACUGUAAAAUGCUUUUUGUAUUACUUAAGAUCAUUCAUAUUACACAGCAAGGUUUAAUUUAUACUGACUAGUGAGAGGAGACUAUUUUUCACAAUAAGUACGCUUUCCACAAUGCUUAUAAGAAUAAAAACACCUAUAUUUAUAUAUAAUUUUUAUAGUUUGACUGCUCUUAGAUUAUUUAUUUUUUAUUAUCUUAAUAUUACGUAUAUGUCGGAUUGUACACUACUGAUUUUAUUGUCUGCACUGCUAACAUAAGUUAAUUAACUCAGUAGUGUAUAAUUUAAUUAAUUAAGUACGUAUUUGGGUCAUUGGUGGGAAAGCGAUUUUGACAACAAUUUCUUGCAUUUUUUUUUAAUAUCAUCCAUUUAGAAAAUGUUGAUUAUUUUUUUCUAAUACGUUAGAUUUGUUUAAAACCGCCAAUGACCACGAUGAAUAUUUUUGUAAAUCUUAUUUUCCAGGCCAUCAAGGGAAAUAGUAAAAUUCAUAUAUUAUAAUUAUUUUACUUCCGAUCUCGUAGUUGUGUAUGAAUUGUUGAGGUAUAUUGCGAUAUACUGUAGAGUUUUAUCAUAAUAAUUUGAUUAACGACAGACAUAUCUAUGAAUGUUUGUGUGAGUAUAGAGGACGUCUAGCGCUUUGAUGUGGAGACGGCGACGCGACGGAAUGCUUGACCAUCGGUGUACCCCGCUGGCCUAUUUACAGUUUAUUCAGUUCAAAUUUAGCAGUUUAGUUUAUGUAAGGACGUGUUUUGUGUUACACUUGAACGUGAAUGUAAUUUGUAUAUUGCUAGUAAGUGCAGAAAUAUGUUUUCGGUGAUUAACAAUGUUGGAUUAAUAAAUAAAAUAACAUUGGAUAUUGUACGCAAUGGCCGAUUUUAUAAAAUAUCAGCAACAUAUAAAUUUUGUAAAUUAUUUGAAAAUCUUGUUUUACCUCGUUUAAGUGUUGCAGAAGUUGAAGAAGCCGUGAAGCUUUGUUAGUUUUGUGAUUUAAUAUACAAAGUUACAUAAUAUAUUUUUUUAAUAUUAUUUUCUGCACCUGUUAAUAAAGCAUUACGAUACGUAGCUUACCUUUUUUUUAAAUUUUGGGAUCACAACUUAACGGAAUUAUGCCUAAAAAUUCUCAGUUGUAAUAUUAAAUUCAAUGGUAAAGAUACAGAUGACGACGAAGCUCGAGACGUAUAUAGACGUACGCACGAAUCGCUCUGUGGAACCACACCGCGUGACGUCAGCAGCUAUAUGUCAUCUCUAGACAAAUCAUAGUUAAAUAUCUGUAAAAUAUGUAUGUAUAAUAAUAGUCUUAGACAUUAAAAUAAUUUUAGCUUUAGGUUUUCUGUGUGUAGUUCAUAUUGUUAUUUUUUAAUUAAACGAUGUGGGUGUGCGUAUGUUGAUGUAUUUGUUUAAUAUAUAUUAUAUCAGUAACAUGGAUACUGCCACGUUAAACAAGUUGUGUUCUAUUGGAUAUAGAAUUGAUUUGCAUCGUGAAUAUUAUAUGCGAAGGGUGAGAAACGCUAGCGACUCGUAGUUCCUUGUGUUACGCUGUAAACUGUAAUCAUAGUGUCUAACAGUGUUGCGAAUGUAUGUUUGAACCAGUAUAUAUCAGAAUAGCAGUAAAUUAUCGGACACUUAAAGGCAUUUCAUGGUAUUUUUAACACAAGCAUCGAUUUUAGUAUAUUAUUUUUCUGUUCAAAUUUAAUUUCAAUAUUUAUUCUUAUAUAGGUAUAAUGUAUAUGACUAGUUUACAAGAUAAUUAACGACUUGUUUUAUUAAAACAAACAACGAUACAAUAUUAUGAUCUUUACCUGAUUUUUUAUCUCUUCUUCCCAAUUGUAUGCAACAUUUGCUUUUCUCAUUAAUCCUUACUUAAUCUUCCAAUAACUAAGUUUAUGUAAAAUUAUAUUUAAAAAAAGUCCCAAUACGUAGGAAUAAACUUUUUCCAAAUGACAAAGCCUAUAUCAGUUAUCUACAGCUUUGCUUUGCGAAACGCAAUGGUAGCGUUCAAUGAGAUAUCCAAUUAUACUAAUUAUUAGUCAUAGCCUUAUAAUAAACCCGAAAAUUUAAACCUAUCCGACUCGCUAUCUUUGGAUCGAUCGCGAGAUUAAAUCAAAAUAAAUCCCUUGCUAAACCGUCAAACAAACUAAUCUAAUUGGUUCAUUUUCACUAUCGAUAUGAAGACAGCGACUGAUAUUAAUCGAUAGAUCAUGAAUUUUAAAACACAAUCAUGAAUUUAUCGGGCUAUGUCUUUACAUAAGCAUUUAAAAACAUUUGUAUUUUAUUUUUUAUCUUAAAACAACGCCUAAUGAAGCUUAAAAAACUUUAAUUUGGGCAAUAUAAUAUCUCGAUGCGUGUGUUAAAUAAUAGCUAUAUUAAACGAUUGUUACUGAAUGUACCUACUGCCUGUUAAAACAAUAUAAUGUAUGUAUGGAGUUGUAGUAUUUAAUAAAUAAUGUACAUUUUUUGUUUAUUAAUAAAAAAAAUGUUUACAAA